GCAGACUCCUGCUCUGCAGUCCGUCACUCCGCUCACACUCUUUGCAGUUCGCCUGCCGCCCAUGGCCUCUCCUGUGGCUCCCCUACUGGUCCUCAGCCUGCUGUUCCUCUGGAGUAGCCCGGCUCUGGCGGGCGCCAAUGACGCAGAAGACUGCUGUCUCUCAGUGACUCAGCGCCUCAUUCCCUGGAAGAUCGUGAAGGCCUUCCGCUACCUCAAGGACGGCUGCAGGAUGCCUGCCGUGGUGUUCACCACGCUGAGAGACCACCAGCUCUGCGCACCCCCAGACCAGCCCUGGGUGAACCGCAUCAUCCAGAGACUGCAGAAGCAAAACGCCAAGAACAAGCCCCUGGGCAAUUAG